AUGGAGGAAGAAAUGGAAAAAAAACGGAGGGGAUACGUUGACGAGACAAACAGUGUCUCGGGAAGAGAAGAAUACGGGGGAUUCCAUAAGAAAAAACUGAAGGCAGAGCUUGAAGUGCUGGAGCAUGAGGCGUUUGGACAGGGCCUGGAGGUUGGGCACCACGAAGAAGGGGGGGGAGGACUGGAAGAGAUCCAGCAGGAGCUUGCCUCAGGGUUCCACGCAGAUCUGUCGAUGCUGGAGCACCUUCCGGGGAGUGCAGGGCGAGGGACAUCGGGGAAUACUGGACCCGAACCAGCACCUGUGUAUCCAGUCGCUGCCGAUCCUGGACAAUCUGGUGAGUGGGGCUGUAAGAGGCUGCAAGACGCUACAAGACGCUACAAGAAGCAGCAAGAGGCUGCAGAAGCAACAGAAAGCGCUGGCAGAGAAAUAAAAGGAAUAAAAGGCUAA